AUGGCGGAAAAAUCAUCAAGCAAUCAAGAAUACCUCGCCCAACCACCGGCACCGUGUUGUUGGGCAGGCACCCUCCAUGAAGGCAACCCUCGCGGCGAUGUGGAAGAAAUCUUGGAGGUGCCCACUUACGUCGUCCGCCCUUCAGACGUGAAGCGCGCCCUCCCGCCCAACGGACAUGUCAUCCUCUACUUCCCGGACGUGUGGGGCCUCUCCGUCAACGCCAAGUGCAUCAUGGACGGCUUCGCGUCCUCGGGAUACACGGCGCUUGGCAUGGACUUCUUUCGCGGCGACCCCAUCUCCAAGUACCGCAACGCCAAAACCGACCCGCUGCCGGAGGGGUUUGACAUGGCGGCCUGGCGCUCCAAGCACUGGAACUUCGCCACGGAAAAUGUUCCCAAGUGGACAGCGGCCGUCAAGGAGAGAUUUGGUGCCGAACUAAAGGCUGAGACGGGCAAGGAGACCAAGUUUGCUUGCGUUGGAUAUUGCUUCGGUGCGCCUUUUGUGUGCAAUCUGCUCGCUGGGGCUGGUGGCGAUGGGGAGCCGGUGGUUUCCGCUGGUGCAUUUGCGCACCCAACGGCGUUGAAGGAGGAACAUUUCACCAGCAUCAAAAAGCCUCUUCUACUUUCAUGCGCCGAAAAUGACCAAGCAUUCCCGACUGAGGCAAGAAGGAAAGCAAUUGAUUACCUUCAAAGAGAGAAGAAGAUUUAUCACCUUCAGGUUUUCCAAGGCGUCUCACACGGUUUCGCUGUGAAAGGAGACCCAACAGACCCAUACCAGCGUUGGUGCAAGGAACAGAGUCUUCGUGCCAUGGUUGACUGGUUCGAUAUGUGGCUGGUUCAAAGCGAUUGA